UCUGCUUGUGCCAUUUUCCCUCUUCUAAUAUCAUUAUGGCAUAUUGGUCGGUAAAUAGAGGAACGAGCCAUUCCAUCUGGGAGCUCGCUGAACCUCACUAACCGAAAAAGAAUCGCUCCAUCGCUAACGAGACAUUGUGUCUUUCUAAACAGUGUAUCUACUAUUUUAUACCGUCAUGUUUAUGCGUUUAAUUAUUUUGGAAUCCGAUCGCCACUCUUUGUGGAUCAAAGUGGUGGGAAUUGCGCUUAUUCUAGUUCGAUUCGCCGAUUGGCCGUACGAACUUUGGUUGCAUUCAACCUAUCAGCAUGAGCUGGAAUUGAAACAAGCGGAAGGUAUCUCCUGCUGGGCAGAAUGGAAUGACGUUGUUAUUAUUCUUAACUUUGUGGGCGAUGCAUUGGCGAAUUUAUUCUUGAGUGGCAUGUUUGUGCGAAGGUUGUACUUGCAUAUUUUGAUGUCCCGCACACUGAUGCAUCGACAAAAUCGAAUAAUUGAGCACAUUGCUCGCAAAUCACUCAUAUGUCUCAUUCUCACGUUUGUCGUCAAUCUCGCCAUGAAUCUCCUGAAAGCAACCCGUUUUAUCGGCGACAGAUCAGAUGCUUUCACCGUGUGGUUUGCACUUGUUGAAUCCACUUUACUCGUAGAAGCGCUCCGUGUCGAUCACGAGCAUCUUCCAAAUCAAGUCUUUUGCGAAAACUGCGGCAUGUGAUAUUGUUGAUUAGGCAAUACAAUAUCGAAACUCCAAAUAUGAUCCUCAACAUCAAUCUUCACUCGAUUUUAUCCACAUGUCCAAAAAUUCCAAGCGAAAAUCUACCAUAGACCCUACAUUACGACCCGCGCCUCAGCCUGAUCCGAACAAUGUUUUGUCAACCGUCGAUCCCGCCACCUCGCAACCGAGUCCGAGAAAUAUGGUGUCCCCGACCGUGGAAAUACGAGAUACAGCCUCAGCGCCAGU